AUGCCGAGUUCGAAAUUUCCCAAGUACACGUGGGAAGAAAUUCGGAAACACAACAAAGACACAGAUUGCUGGGUGGUGCUGUACGAUCGUGUUUUGGACGUUACAAAGUUUUUAAACGAGCAUCCUGGUGGACUUGAUCCAAUAAAUGAUCUUGGUGGCUACGACGUCACCAAUUCGUUUGAGACUAUCGGACACUCCUCAGCCGCGCUGGCCCGCUCAAAAGAAUUCAUUGUGGGUGACUUGGACAAGGACUCAAUCCCACCACAAGUUGUUCGGAAGGAGGUGAAGAAUAAAGUUCCACUGACACAGUACCAGGCAGGUGGAGAAAUGAUUUCACUACAAUACAUACUGGGAGGUGUCAUUGCGCUUUUGCUUCUUCUUUACUACCUGAUGGCGGCUUAA